AUGUCUGAAGCAACAUCUACCCCGACCCCUCCUAAGCGGUCUGCCAAAGAGCACCCCCAGGCGUACAUCUCACGUUUCUGGCAAAGGUUCCACCACAGGACCCCCGGCAAGAUCACCUCAAUCUUCCCCCGGGAGCUCUACAAGACCAUCGACCCGGAAUUCGUGCCCGCCUCGGUCCGGGUCCGCAACGCCGCCCGGAGCUACGAGCUCGCCCGCGCCAAGUGCAUCGAGAUGGUCAAGGAGACGGUCGAGCACUGCGAGAGCAUCAACAGCAGCUUCUGCGACCCGGACUUUGACCUCGAGAGCGACUUCUACCUGUCCACGGACGACUGCAUCCACGGUCUUGUGCGGGCCGACCAGGAGGGUGAGACCGAACCCGCGAGACCAGGCUCCGUUCACCGCGUGUCGUGGAUCUUCACGAACCCCCAGUUUACUGUUGAUGGGUUCUCCGGGUCUGAUAUCAUGCAGGGCCGCGUCGGGAACUGCUGGUGGCUCGCUGGGCUGGGAACCGUGGCCCACCGUAAGGACCUGAUGAACAAGGUCUGCGUGGCCCGCGACGAGGAGUGCGGCGUGUAUGGUUUCGUGUUUUUCCGGGACGGAGAAUGGAUUCCGACCGUUAUUGAUGAUAACCUCUACCUGACUCAAGGGGACUAUGGUAAAACCAGGGAAAUCUACGAUGUCAGCGGCAAGCACACGAAGCUGUGGCGGAAGCGCUACCAGACCGGUUCUGAAGCCCUAUACUGUGGCAAAUGUGAGGAUGAGAACGAGACGUGGCUGCCCCUGCUUGAAAAGGCUUAUGCCAAGAUACAUGGUGACUACGGUGCCAUUGAGGGCGGCUGGGUCGGAGAUGCGGUUGAAGACCUUACCGGGGGAGUCACGAGCUGCAGUCUCGCCAGUCGCGUGCUCCGCAAGGAUAAGCUCUGGCGGGAGCUAGUCCAGGUCGACCAGGACCAUGGAGAGUUUGUGUAUGGCCUCUCUGCCGGCUAUAACGCCGAGACGUCGGAGCAAAAUGGCAUUGUCUUGAACCAUGCCUACGCAAUCGUGCGGGCGGUUGAGGUUGAAGAUGCCAAGGGAAACCGAGUAAAGCUUCUCAAGAUAAGGAAUCCUUGGGGCCGAAAUUCCUAUUCAGGGAUGGGCGAGUGGCAUGGCCCUUGGUCCGAUGGAUCCAAGGAGUGGAAUGCGGAAAUGUUCAGGAAGCUGCGCCAUGAAUUUGGCGACGACGGCGUUUUUUGGAUGACCCUGGAUGACAUGCUGAGCAAUUUCAAGUGGCUUCAUCGGACACGUCUUUUCGAUGAGAGAUGGACUGUUGCUCAGCAAUGGACGAGUGUCCCGAUUGCCUGGGUUCCAGGAUUCCUCAAGACCAAGUUCGUUUUCGAAGUUGAGCGAGAAGGCGUAGUGGUAAUUGUCCUAUCAAAGCUUGACGAGCGAUAUUUCCGCCACCUUAACGGCCCGUACGAGUAUUGCCUGGAGUUCAUCGUUCGUGCUCUUGGAUCCGAGAAGAAAGUCGCGGAAGCCAGGUUCAACAGAGUCAUCAAUGAAAACCGUUCGGUCAACUGUGAAGUAUACCUCAAGCCUGGAAACUACGAGGUUAUCCCCAAGGUCCUUGCCCAACAGCGUGGCUGGAGGCACCCGGUGGAGGAUAUCAUUAAGGACUAUGCAACCUGGAACCCUAUUAAGCUUCAGCAACAGGGUAUCCAACACGACAUUGCUCACGCGAAGGUCGGAGUGCUUGAUGAGGAUGAUGUGUAUAUCAAGAAAAAGGAAGAAGAGAAGGCAAAGAAAAAGGAGAAAAAGAAGAAGGAAGCGGAGAAGGAAGAAAAGAAUAGUGAGAUGAAGCAGGCAAUGGAGAAGAUGCAGGCCGCCAUGGCAAUCAUGCAGACACAGCUUGAAAAGAAGGAAAAGAAGGAGGAUGAAGACGAAAAGACACAGGGCGAAGAUGAGAACAAGAAGGAAGAGACCCCCGCAAAGGAUGAGAAGGCGGAAGCUGGAGGAGAUGCAAAGGACGUGAAAGAAUCUGAAUCUGCCGCACAGACCUCUCCAAGUGCUGGCGAGGGCGACAAGAAGGGAGACAAGAAAGAUGAAGGGUCGGUGGAAGAGAAGGAGGAGGAGAAGGAGAAGAAGGAGGGAGAGAAGGAGGGAAAGAGCGAUGAAGAGGACGAUGAUGACGACGACGACGACGACGAAAAGGAUGAUGACGCCAACGACAAGAAAGAGAGGCUACCAUGGAAUCCUGUGUGUGUCAUGGGACUGCGUGUCUACGCAGAGGAUAAGCAGGUUACCAUCAAGGUUGUAAAGAGUGAAGAGUAG